AGAAAUUGGCUGAAGGAUGUUCAGUGUUAAGUGUGUGUGAUGUAUCUGCUUUUCCUUUGAUGGCAUUCAGGAAAUGGAACGUUUUCCAACAUGCCCCAGAGACACAGGAAGUGGACACCCAAGAACAACAGGGUUUAAACCAUUCUGAUAAUGGGAACUCCAGGAGCAUUUUAAAAGUGGCUUUGGGAGGACACAUCAUGAGACUCAAAGAUGUGGUGGAGAAGACACUACGAUGGAAAGGAAAGGAGGAGCAGAAGGAAACAACAAAACCAGGUAUGAAGGUUAAGGAAGCCAAGGAGAACACGGCUGUGAAACCACCAUCCCAGUUGGAGGGAAUCAAGAAGACAACAGUGCAAGCAACCCUUAUGGUGCAGGGAAACAAAGAGAAAACAACAGUGAGGCCAGCUCCAUGGGUGGAAGAAGCCAAGGAAAAAACAACAGUGAAACCACUUGCCAGGGAGAAGGGAGGCAUAGAAAAGACAACAGUGAGACCACUUGCCAGGGAGAAGGGAGGCAAGGAGAUGACAACAGUGAAACCAUCCUCUGGGGUGAAUGGAGCACAUGAGAACAGCACAUCCAAAGACCAAGCAAAACCCAAAGCACCUCCUGCAUCAAUGAAAACUGUAAGACCUGCUCCUCAGGCUGCUGCAGUGACACAGAAGAGGAAACUGAGUGCUGCUGACUUCCCAUCUGAGCCACACUGGGAUUUCGAGGACGUGUACCUGCUGGAUAACUCAUCCCCACCCUCGACCUGCUCUGAAUCAGUGAGGGCCAGGGCUGCCAAGUCUGACUGGCUGAGGGAUCUUUUCCUGCCCAACAUCACCCUCUUCAUAGACAAGAGAUACUUCAAUGACAGUGAAUGGAACCGCCUGGAGCAUUUUAUACCCCCCUAUGGCUUCAUGGACCUGAAUUAUUCACAGGUAAAGAAGGUCAUAUCCCUGCUGCCCCCAAAGCCCCACCAGCAGCUGCUCCUGGCCAGCCAUGACAGCAGUGUGCCCACAUGCAUCAGCUGUGCUGUUGUGGGGAAUGGAGGAAUACUGAAUAACUCUGGGAUGGGCCAGGAGAUUGACUCCCAUGACUAUGUCUUUAGGGUGAGCGGGGCUGUAAUCAAGGGCUAUGAAAAGGAUGUGGGAACAAAAACCUCCUUUUAUGGAUUCACAGCCUACUCCCUGGUUUCCUCUCUUCAGAUCUUGGGACACAGAGGGUUCAGCAACAUCCCAUGGGAUAAACAUGUCAGAUACAUUCACUUCAUGGAGGGAGCAAGAGACUAUGAGUGGCUGGAGGCUCUUCUGUUCGACAAGAACAUCAGGAAAGGAUUCUUGAACCUCUGGCAGAAGCCCCGGGAGAAAUUCGAUAAAGAUUUCACAAUGGACAAAUACCUGGUGGUUCAUCCUGAUUUCCUCAGAUAUAUGAAAAACAGGUUUUUAAAGUCUAAAAGUUUGGAAAAGCACUACUGGAGGCUGUACAGACCCACAACAGGGGCUUUCCUGCUGCUGACCGCCCUCCACCUCUGUGACCGGGUCAGCGCCUACGGCUACAUCACAGAGGGGCACGAGAAGUACUCAGAUCACUACUAUGACAAGGACUGGAAACGUCUGAUUUUCUACAUCAACCAUGACUUCAACCUGGAGAAGCAGGUGUGGAAAAGGCUUCAUGAUGAGAAUAUCAUGAAACUUUACCAGAGAACCUGACUGAGGCAAGGGCCAUUGCCUGUGAAAUCUCAACACCUCACUGUGAAGAGAAGACCACCAGAGCCAAGGUUAGCUCUGGACUGCCAGGCACAUUUCAUCCCCACAAAGACAUUUCCCUCCUUCAGCACCUCUGUUACUUCACAACACUUCAACACAUGUGUGAAUGCUGCAGACCCAAAGACCAGUGAGAAAAUGCAGCAUGCCAACAAAGUCCCAUCUGGCUGUGCUGCAGGACUCCUGCUGGUUGUUGUAGGCAUGGGUAUUAAGAGAGCAGAAUCCAGGAUGGAUAUGGUCCUGUGUCCUUUGUGUAAUCCAGGUUUUUUCUCUUUGCAAUGAGGUGCUCCUUAGGCUGGGGCCACUUCUCUUCUGGGUGGAUCUCUCCAUUAGCAAUGCCCAUUUUGGGUAUUGUCUAAACAAACUCCCUGAGGAGCUGGAAUGCAUGGAGGUGAAAAUACAGAUCCUGUUUCGGGUUGACUUAAUUUCUGGGGGGUGGGGUGGGGGCUGCACUCACUCUGCUCCCUGCAGAUAAAAAGGAUGGACUGGACACUUCCAGGUGACUAAUUUGAGAGAGAAUGAGUUUCACAUCUGUUCCCCAGUGUGGCUUUGCUAUGACACUUCCAGAGGAGCACUGCCAUCAACUCAAGGGCAGGUAGCUGCUCUCCAUGGUGCAAUAGACCUUCUCUACCUGGUGCCUCUUGCCCCAGGGCUCCUCUGCCUGCAUAAAAUGUGAAUUUUGUGGCAUGGACCUGAUGUGCCAAGUCCUUGCCUAGCUGGACUUUGUCAUGCUUGGUUCCCAGCUGUGCCCAGAGCGCUGUGUUUGUCCUGUUGCCAGAAGAGGUGGGAGCUCUCCAAGUCCAGGGAUGGAUGCUGUCUGUCCUUGCUGCUGGCUGAAGUGCCUGUUCCCCAUGGUGCUGAGAGGGGCCCAGCUGCAGCCAGCAAACCUGGAGUGUGCUGCCCUCCUGGAAGGGGUUUUGUAAGUGAAAUAAAUGGCAUUACUUUG